AUGAAUCUGUUGUCGCGCUUUUCGACUGACUCUGCCACUCUAACAGGCGAAGGUGAAGGCCAGGAAGACUGGGCGCUACAAGAGGACCUCAGCCCAUCGCAACCUCCGCUGGAUUCAUCGACAGCUAAUUUCGCACCUCGAGGACCCCCUACGUUCCAAGAUCGAAUACGAAAUAGACUGCCGGUACCGCGACAAUUGAAGCCAUUGGCGAAACAUCAAACUCUGGCUAGAAUCUCUGACUUCUGCAAGGUAUGGGGACGCUUUUUCCGUUUUCACGAUGUGGAUUUCCCGUUGCUGACUGGUUAUACUUUUCGCAUCGACAAGGCAGUUGUUAGUACAACAAUAGGGAAAAGUGAGAAUGAACGGUUCCUCGAACAAUUUGGAUACAUCAUCGUCGCCUCACAGCUCCUCAACGAACAGUGCGCACCGUCGUACAGUGCCAUAACGGGAUUGCUAUCAAAUACUCGCAAUAAUGAGGAUCAGUCAAGCACACGAGCAGCAAAUUUUGGAUUGCCUGGGGCCGUAUUCACAGCCGGUGCAUCCUUUUCCGUGGUCUGGAUACUCCACUGGGCUCGAUCGCGGCAGGGAUCGGAUUGGAAUGUCUGGAGGAUAUGUGUCCUAGUGGUCCUUCUGCUGGCAGUAGCAAUAUCGUUUUAUGCGUUUGCAAAGCGCCAGUGGUUGAAAUAUCUUCGUCGCCAGGCAGUGGAUGUUGCGUCCGUGCUUGUUGCAAACGCGCAGUCCUUUGAUUCUGCCGCUUCAGCAUCGGUUAUCUUGAUACAGGAGGUGGAGCUGGUUUCCAGAGGAUAUAGAUUAAGCACUCCCAUGCCGCCGAUAACCCGCCUAGAAGAGCAAACGCAAACAAGGCGUUGUUUGAGACUCCGGCGCAUUCUCUCAGAGUGUCUUUCGGAAAUGCUGGAGCGAUACUUAAAGACGAAACGACAUCUGCGACUACUUGCAGAUACCGCCAAUCUGGAAAAAUAUUAUGAUAUUUAUGAUUUCUCCCCGGAGGAACUCGAGGAAACAAAUGCACUGUUAGCGGACAGUGCGAUGGAAGAUGGGACCUCCUUACGAACCCUUCGAAAUUUGUUUUCCAAAGUUUAUUCCGUUAGAAAGGCUACUUUAUGCUGCUUGCUCGCACUCCCAGCUGAGGGUGGGGAAGCCGAUAUUGCAAAUUGGAGUACCGCCAUUGAGGAGAUGCAGCGUCUCGUUGCUGCAGAUACAGGUUGCGUAGAAAGACUGGUCGCCAUCCUCAAUGAGCAAGACCAUAAUAUGAUCCCACCGAACCCACAAGCCAAACUAGCCCCGAAUAAAGACCAUCACCGCGCGCAACUCCGACGCCUCAACUCCCUCUCCCAAGGAAUCCGCAGCCUCCACGCCAAAAUGCAACUAAUCCGCGAGGAAUCUGACGCAAGCCUCGAACGAGCGACGGACGACACAGACUUCGGCACCACCCUAACGACCCUCUACGAAUCCAUCGGCACAGACCUCCGCGGCAUCCUCCAGGAAUGGGAAGCCGGAAAAUCCGCCCUAUUUGCCACCCUCGAAAACUCAGGUCGCCUCUCGCGACCUACGAGUUCCCUCAAAUCUCCCGCGUCGCCGACAUUCAGUCUCAGCGGCGUGACUGCAGUUGACGGCGGGCCUCCAGAGGCUCUCCGGGCGUUGACGGGUGAAGAUCAACAACAACAACAACAGCAGCAGCAGCAGCAUCAGCAGUCCCUCCAAAGUCCGGAUAACAACAUGGACGACGAUGAGGUUUUUGAAGCCAUUGCUCUACCCCUCAAGCGGAAUUCUAUGUCGCGGGAGGAGAGGAUUGCGCGAAUGAAGGAGGAGCGGGCGAGGCAGGCUAUGGUGCGGGAGAAAUUGGAUGCUAAUACGCACAUGCUGAGAGAGUUAGAGACUGUUAUCAAACUGCGUCCGCGUAAGAAGGCUAGCUCGAAUGGGGCAAGAUUACCUUUGACCCGACGCGAUUCGUGUCUUGCGACGCGUCGGCGCGCUCUCUGGCCCCGCAAAUCUUCGACCGCCAAACUCCAGCUCCCUUCAACAUUGCACCGCGCACCGCUUUCUCCCACAAACUCCCUCUUGUUCUUUCUGUUGGAAGCACGGCUAGAGCAGGCCAGCUUGUUGAAGAAGGUCGUCGACGCCAUCAAAGAUCUAGUCCAAGACUGCAACUUCGACUGCAAUGACUCCGGCAUCGCCUUGCAAGCUAUGGACAAUUCGCACGUUGCUCUCGUCUCCAUGAUGCUGAAAGCAGAAGGGUUCUCCCCUUACCGCUGCGACCGCAACGUUGCGCUGGGCAUCAACCUGGUCUCGCUCACAAAGGUGCUACGUGCGGCACAGAACGAGGACAUCCUGACACUAAAAGCCGAGGACUCACCUGACGUCAUUAACCUGGUUUUCGAGAGCGCGGAGACGGACCGGCUUAGCGAGUAUGAUAUCAAACUUAUGGAUAUUGACCAGGAGCACCUGGCGAUCCCAGACACGGAGUAUGCGGCUACGGUGGAUAUGCCGUCGGCGGAAUUCAGGAGGAUUUGUACUGAUUUGGGGAAUUUGUCGGAGUCUGUAAUGAUCGAAGCCAACAAGGACGGCGUCAAAUUUUCCUGCCAGGGCGAAAUCGGUAACGGUGCCAUCACCCUCCGCCAACACACCAACGUCGACAAGCCAGACCAGAACGUCUCCAUCGCCCUCUCUGAACCCGUCUCCCUCACCUUCUCUCUCAAAUACCUUAACAAUUUCUGCAAGGCCACGGGUUUAUCAGCAACUGUUCGUCUCUGUCUCUCCCAGGAGGUGCCAUUGCUCGUCGAGUAUGGGUUGGGCAGCGGCCAUUUGAGAUUCUUCCUUGCGCCAAAAAUUGGAGACGAGGAAUAA